AGCAACAACAGCAACAAAAUGAGAUGCAUGCUUGUUGUUAAUAGUAUGAAGAGACAUCAGAAGAAGUGGCAUGAUAACAAGAUCCUAAGACCUAUGAGAAUAGGGGCUAAAGUAGGGGAACUUCUUUAUUUAACUACCUCUUUUCCUGUGAAAGACAGCCGCACCCCAGAUUGACCCACUCAGAUGGCAGAUCCCACUCAAAGCUCUUUUUUUUAAACCAUGACUCCCUCCUAUCUGACUAGGUCUUAUGGGAUUAUGGUUGACUUCUUAAACACUAUCACCUCUACAAUAUCCUCCUUGUGCCCUUACCUCUACUGCGUCACUGUUUGGCAUGUAUCCUUAGAAACCGCACAUUUCACCUGUCUGUCACUGUCAUUACCACAAUUCACCUGUGCCACUUAACACAGAACUUUAGAAUUGUUGGGGUUCUCCAGAGAAACAGAACCUACACGAAGGGGUUUAUUAUAAACAACUGGCUCACAUGAUUAUGGGGGCUGAGAAGUUCCAGGAUCUGGCACCUGCAAAGUGCAGACCCAGGAAAGCUGGUGGUGUCAUUCAGUCCGAGACCAAAGGCUGCAGAGCCAGGGUGGGUGACGGUGUGAAUUCCAGUCCAAGGACAGGAGAGGACCUAUAUCCCAGCUCAAGCAGGCAAACAGGAAACAAAAGGGAUGAAUUCCUCUUUUCUCUUAGGCCCUCAACAAAUCAGAUGAUGCCCAGCAACACUGGGGAGUGCAAUCUACUGAGUCCACAGACUCAAAUGCUAAUCUCAUCUAGAAACAACCACCUCCCAGACCCAGAAAUGUUUAAUGGGGGCAACUCGUGGCCAGUCAAGUUGAUAACACAAAAUUAAUCUUCACAGUGAUUUUCCUGCUUCAUUUUUAUUAUGCUAAGAUUAUAGGGAUUAUAUGUUAAAUAAUGUUAGAUAGCAUUGCCCAACAAAUGACACCAUCCACAGUUUCAUCUUCCCAGCAUCUUUAGCAGAAGUGUCAUUUUGGCCAUACUGAAUCCAAAUUCUGAAGGUCAGGCUCACUGUGCUGCCACUCCGUGAGAGCCACUGACUGUCCCACUGAGGGACUUGCAGAUUUGCAUAGCCCUUCCCUCUCACACACCUAAUAGGAUACACCCCUGCCAGAUUCACUUACUCUAGCAAAUGGAUUCAGAACAGUAGAGACCAUGUUCCUAAGGCUGCUUCAGGGCAGCCUUCAGUGUGGGUCCCUCCUUGCGGUAAAGGAGGAAUUUUAUUCCUUCCACACGACAGCUCAUUUGUAGGGAAAAAAGGCUAGGCGCAUUUGUGUGAAAUUAUAUUGCUCAGGUAAGCCUAGUGCUCCAAAGGACUGAUUACCUUGAAAGGACAGGAGAGCAGCAUCUAGGAGUGGACGGAAAGGAAUGAGUGUAACCACUGGCUCAUCUGGCCCCCCGCACAAAGCCUUGCCACCUCUUAGGGAUCUCCCAUUGGUCUGCAGCCUCUCUCCUCCUUUCCUGCCCAAACCAGAGAUUUUAACUUUCAUUUUCACUUAGCACCUCCGGAUCUUGGUGGAGAUCGGCCCCUGGUUUGCUGAGAGAAUCCUGACCACAUUCCCUCCCUGGCCUGCCUCCACUCUUCUCCAAGGAGGCACGGCUUCUCACCUGGUGUCUGAAGGGAUUGGUGAACAAGAGGAACCACUGAGGUCAGGACAGAUAGGAGCAAAGGAGCAGCUGUUAUGGCUUUUAAACUCCUUACAAACAUAGAGGAGGAGGUGACCUGCCCCAUCUGCCUGGACCUCCUGAAGGAACCCCUGAGCCUGGACUGUGGCCACAGCUUCUGCAAAGCCUGCAUCGCUGCAGAGAACAAGGAGUCUGUGACAAGCCAAGGAGGGAAGAGCAGCAAUUGCCCUGUGUGCCAAAUGGCUUUCUGCUCUGGGGAACUGCGGCCUAACUGGCAUGUGGCCAAAAUAGUGGAGAGGCUCCAAGAGAUCAAGGUGAGCUCUGAAGAGGAGCAGAAGAGAAAUCUCUGUGAGCGCCAUGAAGAAAAGCUUUUGCUCUUCUGUAAGAAGGAUAAGAGGGUCAUUUGCUGGGUUUGCGAGCGGUCACAGGAGCACCGUGGUCACCAAACAGUCCCCAUGGAGGAGGCUGUCCAGGAGUACCAGGAGAAGCUCCAGACAGCUCUGCAGAAGCUGAGGGAGGAGCAGCAGGAAGCGAAGAUGUUGGAAGCUACCCUCAGAGAAGAGAGAACUUCCUGGAAGAAUCACAUGCAAAAUGAAAAAAGGGGUGUCCAAGCACAGUUUAAAAAACUCAAGACUAUCCUGGAGAAUGAGGAGUUGAGGGUGGUGCAGAAACUGGAGAGCGAGGAGAAAGCUAUUCUUGACACCCUGGCUGCAACGGAGGAUGAGCUGGUCCAGCAGAGCCAGCUGGUGAGAGACCUGGUCUCGGAACUGGAGCAUCGGCUGCAGGGGUCGACAGUAGACAUGCUGCAGGAUGUGAAUCACAUCAUGGAAAGGAGUAAGAACUUGAGUCUGAAGAAACAAAACAUGUUUCUCAAGGAACAAAGGAAAGUGUCCCGAAUUCCUGAUCUGAAAGUGAUAAUAGAAGCGUUUAGAGGUGAGGAGUGCUGGAGCAAGUGGUUGGCUGUGGGAGUCUUGUAUUUUAAGUUUCAUUUCUUCCCAGUUUCUCUAGGGAAACUCCCUUGUGAAGACCAGUUUUCUGGCUUGGUGAGUGAAUCUUGCCCAUACCUGCAUCUGAUCUCCACUGAGUCAAGACUUCUGCACUUCAGCCUAAAGUUUCGACUUUUCUACCUUGCCAAGGUGUCUCUGGGGAAUGAAUUUGAGGGCAUGGGAAGGCUCUGUGCGGGACAGGUGCAUUUAGAGGAGUCUGUGAGCAAGAACAGCCUCAGUUGUCAGGACAGAAGAAGCCAGGGGAACGCUGCAAUGGAUUUUCCAGUGCAGGUGAACAUACAGAAGGAUGUGACCUGCCCCAUCUGCCUGGAUCUUCUGACAAUGCCCCUGAGCCUGGACUGUGGCCACAGCUUCUGCCAAGCUUGCAUCACUGCAAAGAGUAAGGAGUCAGGGGCCCUCCAAGGAGGGGAAAGCAACUGCCCAGUAUGCCAGUGUAAAUACCAGUUUUGGAAUCUCCGACCUAAUCAGCCCCUGGCCAAUAUAGUGAAGAAAGUCAGGGAGAACGUGAGCCCACAGCAGAAAAAUCUCUGUAAGCACCAUGGAGAAAAACUCCUGAUCUUCUGUAAGGAGGAUGAGAAAGCCAUUUGCCAGCACUGUGCCCGGUCUGUGGAGCACCAUGGUCAUCAAAUAUUCUUCAUGGAAAAGGUGGUCAUGGAAUGUCAGGAAAAGCUCCAGGCAGCUCUGAAGAAGCUGAGGAAGGAGCAGCCAAAAAUGGAGGAGUUGGAAGCUGACAUCAGGGAGGAGAAAGCUUCCUGGAAGAAUCAUAUGCAGACUGAGAGACAAAGGAUUCUGAAAGGGUUUAAUGAAAUAAGAGCCACCCUGGACAGCGAGGAGAAGAGGGUGCUGCAAAAGCUGGAGGAAGAUGAAGUGAAUGUGCUGGAUAACUUGGUAGUGGCCAGAGACCAGCUGGCCCGGCAGAAGCAGUGCUUGAAAGAGCUCAUCUCAGACAUUGAGCAUCAGAUAUGGGGGUCGUCAGCAGACACAGUGCAGGAUAUGAUUUAUGUCCUGAAAAGGAGUGAGAGCUGGACCUUUAAGAAGCCAAACAUUGUUUCCAAGAAACUGAAGAGUACAUUCCUAAUUCCAGAUUUGAGUGGGAUGCUGCAAGUGUUUAAAGAGCUGACAGAGGUCCAACGCUACUGGGUGGACGUGAUCCUGAAGCCAGUCAAUGCUAUUUCGAAUAUUGCCCUUUCUGCUGAUAAAAGACAAGUGACAGCUGUGCACAACUUCUCACUUAAAAAUAUAUUUCUAUGUGAUUUCUCUGCUUUUGAUGUCUUGGGCUGCCAAUAUUUCUCCUCAGGGAAGUAUUACUGGGAAGUAGAUGUGUCUGAGAAGAUUGCCUGGAUCCUCGGGGUGUACAGUAAAGUAAGAAACCUCAAGAGAAAAGGGAGCUCUGGGUUUGUUUUUGAUCCGAAUGUAAACCGUCCAGAUGUUUACUCCAGAUACACACCUCAAUUUGGCUACUGGGUUAUUGGGUUACAGAAUGGAUCUGAGUAUAAGGUCUUUGAGGAGUCUUCCACCUCUGAUUCCAAGGUCUUGACUCUUUUUAUGCCUGUUCCUCCUUGUCGUGUUGGGGUUUUCCUAGACUGUGAAGCACGUAUUGUCUCAUUUUUCAAUGUCACAAACCAUGGGUCAGUCAUCUACAAGUUUUCUAAUUGUCAGUUUUCUCGGACUACUUGCCCAUAUUUCAAUCUUUGGAACUGUCAACGCCCAAUCACCCUGUGCACACCGACUUCCUGAACCUUCUCAGUCCCUCUCCUACUUCUGUGUAACACCCCUUGUCCUGGGGUUCAUCUACACCUGAGCUCAUCUGCACCAUUCUGAACACAUCUCCUUCUUUUCUCCAUCUUUCAAUUUAGAAUGUUUUUGGAAUAGUCUGCUAGGACUGCUGUAACAAAGUCCCCCCAAACAAAGGCUAACAACAGAAAUUUCUUGUUUCACAGUUCUGGAGGCUGGAAGUCUAAGACCAAGGUGUCAGCAGAGUUGUUUUUUUUUCUGAAGGCUGUGAGGGAAGGGUCUAUUCCUUGCCUUGCAGAUGGCUGUCUUCUCUCAGUAUCUAUUCAAAUCAUCUUCCCAUUUUGCAUUUCUCUGUGCCUAAAUCUCCCUUUUUCUAAAAGGACACCAGUCAGAUUGGAAAAGGACCCACCCUAAUUACAUCAUUUUAAUUUAAUCACCCCUAUAAAGACCC